AUUAUUAUUAUUAAUAUUAUUAUUAUUUCCACUCAUUUGUUUUAAAAGUUAAAACUGUCACAAAUGAGCUGGUUCUUCUCCAGGGUCAUUAAAAGGCUACAACAACUUCAGGAAACAUGGCUACGGGUUGCGCUUUUAUAGAUUAUACACAGAGGAACAAGAAGAUUAAAACACAUUAUAACAGACAGUGGUCAUGUGCCAGGGAGAAGUGCAAACUCGCCUCAUUAGCAUCAGUAACAGCUCUCUAUCAGAGAGUAACAGGCCGAGAGCGCGUUCUGUCAGGGAGAGAAGGUGUACCCCAGUGAGAUAGCGCCCCCAGUUGGUGGAUGAGGUUAAAAAAAGCCUUCUUUAUUGCCCCUGGGCUUCUCAAAAUGGGGUCCAGGGAUGUGUGCAGUCAGGUAGUCACUGAAUCUAUUACCCUUUUAAUGGCAUGAUUAGACUGAGGAACUACUAGGCCUAUUAUUAAUAUAGUUCAUAUAGGUAGGAUAUUAAUGAAUUAUUAUAGUCUACUUACAAGCCUAAUUGACUCGUCAUUCCAUUGUUCAACUAUUCAAGCAUAAACAAUGACCUCUACAGUUUUAAUAAAGUUAGGAAGUUUUCUUUUUACAUAUAAUACAAAAUACUACAAAUCCUAAACCUAAACUUCAGGAAUAAAAAGCAAAUGGCUACAAUAAAUAAAUAUGUUGGUAUUUCAUUCAUAUUGAGGGUUGUGUUGGAUCCAGAGAAUAUCCCUGGAACAACUGACAUGAGGUGUGGACACAUCCUGACUGGGACAGCAGUCCAUUAUUGCCUAAAUGUAUUGAAUAAUUGUUUUUUUGCUCUGCUUAUAAUGCAUGUAAUUGUUUUUUUUGUUGUUGUUGUUUUUUUAAUACACUCAAAGUGGUACCUGACUACCAAAACAACUGAGAAGCUACAGGCUGUAAGGCUGACAUUUUUACUUUUAUAUAUCUCCUCAACGAGUCACAUUUAGUCUGACUUAAUCUGUACUUGACAUGGCAUUUACGAAGAUUACACCACCAUGGGGUGUGUUUAACCAGAAAUAGAAGAGUUGGAUCAAGAGGUCAUAAACACUGUCUUAUAGUAAAAGUCAUUCCUGAUUUUACACACAGUACAUGAAAAUUCAUUAAUCCAAGGAGAUUUUACCAGUGAUAAUGGCUGUCUGCAAUCUAUAUAUAGUGGCAUGCAGUGCCAAAUAGCAUGGUGACUGCACUUACAAACUAGCCAUAAAAUCAUUAUUGUGCAUACUGGUUUCGAAUAAUUACUCUGUGAUCAGACAGAUGAGAACACACAACUCCACACACAUAACAUCCGCUAAUCAUCUCAGCAAGCUUGGAAAUAGUUCUGCUUAGUUAUUUUUAAGUAUGAGCUCAUAUUGCUAUAAAAUAAUUGACUGUGUUUAUACACAGCAAGAGGAAAUGCGAAAGCCAACACGAAUGUUGUGGCUUGCAGGCAUCCUCAGCAGGGAGGAGAGAUUCUCUCUCAGCAGUACACUGUGAGAUUCCUGAUCACUUUUCCAACAUCUUGUCAUGAAACCACCAGUCUAAGACAGCAAUGUGAAAUAAUCACUCAGAAUUUAUAUUAAUAAACAGUUGAUCAUAAGAUUCUAAGAUUUAACUGUCAUGAAAUAUGUUGAAAGUUCACUCAAACAAGCUGUGUUCAGAGCCUAGUGAAGUGGAUGUGAAGGAAUUGUUCAGGAUUGUCUAUAUUAUAUGAUGUAAUAUAUGUAUAUGAGUUGAUAUAUGUAACUCUUGUCAUUUCUAAUUCAAUUACAAAUUAAACAUUCUGUGUAUUUUUAUGGAAUUGUUUUAACACAGAACAUAAAAUAUGUACAUAAUCAAGUAAUAUAACAAAACUGUCUAACAACUGGAUUUUUCAGUAAUAUGACCAAUGCGGAUCAAUCAUUUCAGUUCUGUUCAAUUUUAUUAGCAUUUUCCAAGAACACUAAAAAGUACAGUUCAUUAUAUGGAAAGUAUUCAGAUUAAGUUCUUCUGGCACACUUCCCUUUUAAGUAAAUCGCCCAUGGCCCUGUGUCUGCCUCCUCUCUGCUUUUAUGGGGAUAUAUUACACUAACUGUCAGAGGGAGGUGCAGCAUGUGGAGGAAGAAACUAAAAAGUGAGAAAACUACACCAAUCAAAAACCCUAAUUGGGGGUGCCCAUCUGGACCAUCUGACAGGAAGUGAAGCAGAGUUGUGGGAAAUCCAGUCCUCAAAAUAAGCACAGGCCAUUCUCUUCCCUUUUGUUUGAAAUUCAGGCUGGGUACAAGCAGGGUAGCCCAAAAUAGCAGCCCAAACCAGGAGGUAAUCUCUUGGUUCCAAGGCAACAUGAAAACAGUCCUGUCUUAAGGAGCUUUGGAGAGCCUAGCAACGGCAAACAGAGGCAAUCAAAUGGAGUCAGACAUGACUGUGCUGCAGUGUGAAAGCAGCGAUUCCCAUUCACUGAUACUCAACAGAAGGCUUCAGAAUAUAUUCCCAGAAUGCUAAAGAGACAGUUGCUCAGGAGAACAGUGCAGCAACAUAAACUCAGGUUAUGAACUCUGAUUUUUGAAAGGACGCUGAGAAAAGAACCAUCAGCUUCAACAUGAAAGAGCUUGUCCUAUCACUCCUGAGUCGAGGAUAUAGUCAUGUGGUCCAGACGGAUGGCAAAAGAAAAUAUAGAAGACUGGAAGUCUGUUUCGAACCAGAGGACUACUUCAUCUGGAAAUCCCAGCCUCCUCUGCUUCGCUUAUCCAGCAGUGGACGGCUGCUUAGUGGGGUGGAGCCCACACCCCCUAAAACCUACAGCACUAGGAGAGGGCCGCUUAUUCUAUACUCAGAAGAUUUUGCCUUAUCAUCCUCCCAACCUGACAAGGUCAACAGGAAGGAGCGGGCUUUCAGGGCGUCUAGAGAGGAAGCGGAGUUUGAAUUCUACUCUAUUCGAGAUCUGACUGAAGCUGCUUUAGCAUAUUGUAAAAAGCAGGCCAAGGUGGAAUGUCAUAGAAGCAUUACUCAGCCUAUGUUGCCAGACCCCAAACCUAGCACUAAGUACUUACAGUCACACCAGAGGCCCGGAGACGAGCGCAGCUAUCUGACCCAGACUACUGGUGAAGAAGAUGAUGAGGAACGUGCUUUCUUCAAACAUCAGGGUAACUCUGUAUACCCCAAACCAGAACAGGUGCGAUAUCAUCCCCGCUUCCUCUGUUCACCACGGCCUAAUCGUCCUCCGCCGGGUCCUCUCCCGCUCCUAACCCCAAGUCCAGCACUCAGACGUGGUGAGGACAGGCCUCAUAUGGCAACAGGAGAGCCAGCAACCUCUAAGCCAACAGGAGCCGAGGAGCGCUCUAUAACCAGAGACAGAAAGACGAGUUUCAGAACAGAGGUAGUGACACCCAAAGCUCAGAUGAGCCCAAUUCCUGAAUUUGAUGCUUGGGAGGAAAACACAGAACAGUCUGAGGAUCACAAUGUGUACAUGGUUGCAGAGCAUUUGACUGGCUACCCAAAGGACUUAAACGGUCAAUGGAAAGAGAAUGCAAUAGAGACAGGUGGUGAGGAAGGUGGACACGCUCCAAGACCAGCUUAUACGAACCUCUCUUUGGGUUGCAGUCACCUUUCAAAAGUCCCCAAUGACAGAAGACAAGCAGAGGGGGGCUGGCAUCCAAGUCCUGUGAAACGGGGUGACCUUCAUCUACCCCCCAUAAAGCAAGCACUCCCUGCAGACGAAGACAGCAAGGACCAUGGGCUCAAAGCUGGGAACACAAGUCAAGAAAACCACAAGGAGCCAGUACCACGACUGCCAGAUAUACACCAGCCCGAAGUCAGAACCGAGGCUGCUGCUCCCAAACCCCCAGAGAGAACUGUACUUAAGAAAGUACUUGUGCUGCUCCCUUUACCAGUGGAACAAGAUGGUCUUUGUGGCCUUCCUGAGGAAAAGGAAGAAAUUGAGGAUGUCCUGGGUAGUGAUGUGGAACAGAAAGUGGAGUCGAAUAGGAAAGAAGAGAACAGGCCCAUUGAACACGGGCGCAGGCUAAAAGCAGCACAACAAGACACCCUCAUCGGGUUUGAACCUGAGGAGGACAGAGAACAUCAGACUGCCAUGGGUCCACUGCCUCCGUUUGUAGGUCGUAGAGGUCUCGGAAAGCAGUGCUCUAUGGCAAUCUACAGACAAGACCCGCGUGACCCUGCAGAUCCGUCAGAGCCUCAGCCUGGCAUUAUCAGAGGCAGCCUUCCUCUGGAGCUGAGGGAGUGUCAGAAAGACGGAGUACUGGGCACCUUAAUAAUGGGUCCUGCUGGGGAAAUCAUAUGCUUGUCUUUCUGGGAUCCCUUAACUGACACGGAGGACCACCCAGCUCUGGAGGAUGCCAUGAGAGAACAUGUUGUCAGGGUUAUGACCUCUGAAGGUGUUCUGGAGGAGUCAUCGAUCAUCUUGGACCAACUAGAAGAGCAAGCUACACAAACAGGAGGACUGAAUGACAGAGAAGUGGAGGCUAAGCGAGGUCACAAGAAACAGUCCAGCACUAAGCGAGAGGCUUAUUUCCCUGAGCAAAGAGUAGAAAAGACAAACAACUGUACAGAAAGUCAGCUCUACAGCAGAGGGGAAGAUAUCACGCAACAGACAGGAGGAAGGGCACAGAGGCCACAGCCUAAAGCAAGAGGGAGACCUGGGUCACCACCUAAACCUGUGUCUGCUAGCAGCACUCAAAACACAGCUCUUUCCACCCCCUCAGCUGCGGAUGAACAUAUUGAUAAAACAAACCCCCAAAGUCAGACGGAGUCAUUUAAAAAUACUGUCAAGUCCAGAAAAUCGGGUAAAUUAGACAACGCAGAUGACCCCCACAUAAGGAAUGUGAAGAAGCAAAAGUUUGAUCAGCAUGCCAACAGAGUCACAGAUAUUAAUUACGCAGAAAAGAAGACUGUAGAAACAAACAUGGACAAUGUGGACACAGAGUCACAAGACACCAGUUUUAGUGAAGAAACAGCUUCUGGUCCAAUACAAAAGAAAAGCAAAAAGGCAGGUGGUGAGAAAGCAAAGUCCACAAAGCCACAAAACACAGCGGAAAAACUAAAAAAGAAGUCCAAAGGUCAAGCAGCAUUUGUUGUGGGUAAACCGAGGCAGUCGCAUGAAGUACUGCAAAUUGAAAAGAGGAAAUAUAGUUCAGGGAAACAUGAGAAGACAGUAUCCAACACAGUGGUGAAUGAGUCAGAGGACAAAUCAGCAGACGAUUAUUCCUGUGGUUCUUCUGAAUAUACUAUGGAUGACAUGGAAAGCAGCCAGGCCUCAACUGUCCAAAAGAACCGUGAAGCUGGACACAGUCCGGAUAUUGAUCAGGAUUACAUCCAUCAUGAGAAGUGUGUAGCAGGACACAGACCGGAGAGUGAUCAGGUUGCUAAAGAUGGUGGAACUGGAGACAUUGAUCGGGUCUCUGAUCUCCAAGACAGCGAUGAUGUAUCUGCAGUUCUCUCCAGAUCACACAGCUCUGCCAAGUCGUCCUCUACAAGCACCUGGAGCAUUCGGAGAACCAGUGUAUCAUCAAAUACUAGCAUAUGUAGCCCAGUACAACUUCCUCAUCUCUUCCCACGCUGCGGUGUCCCAGCACACCAUCCUGCAUCCAACCCUGCCAAGUCUGAAUCAGCUGCUGAUGCUAAGGGCAGUGAAGAAGUCAUCAACCCGAGGGAAAGCAGAGUGGCAGCAGCACAGGCCGCAAAGUCCGAACGUCGCCGACUGGAGGUGGAGAGGAAGAGGAAGGAGAAAGAAGAGGAGAAAGAAGAGGAGAGAAAGAGACAGGAGGAUAAAAAGCAGACAGAAGAGAGAAUGCGGCUGGAGCUGGAGGAGGAUCAGAGACAGAGGGCACAGCAGGCCAGGUUGAGAAAGAUUAACGAAGAAGAGGAGAGACAGAGACAGGCUGAGAGAGAGAAGGAAGGACAGAGGAGUGAGCAGGCUGAGAUGGAGAGGGAGAGGAGGAGGCAAGAAGAAACAAGGAACAAGAAGAGAUAUCUAGAACGACUUCAGAAAGAGAGGCACGAAGACGAGAUGAGAAGAGCAGCCGAGUUAAAGCGUCAGCAUGAGGAGGAGGAGGCUCGUAAGGAGGAGGAGUAUAGGAGAUUGCAGGAGAUGGAUGAGAGCGAAAGACUAGAGUACUUACGCAGACGGCGAGAGGAAGAAGAGGAGAGGAGGAAGGCAGUGGAGGAGAGAAGACGAGCAGAGGAGGAAGCAGCCAUGUGGGAUGAAGAGUUUAAUAGGCAGAGGGCAGCACUGGAGCAAACUCUCCAGUUCCACAGAGGACUUUCUGUUGAGACAGAGGGUCUGAAACAGAAGCAGAACAUCUCUCGGCCCUGGGUCUUCUCCUACUUCAGUCGGCUGAGCUUAGCAGAUUGUAACACGUCUGAGGAGUAAAAUAAAGUUAAUCACAUCCAUAUAUUCUGCUGAAAUUUAAAACUCCUCAUUCUUAUAUCACUCUUGGCAUUGCACUCGACCCGAGAGAUGUUCCACAUGACCAGAUUGACCUUCUAGUUAUUUUUGUGUUCCAGCCCAAAAAUGGAAACUAAACUGAAUGAAGGACAGUAAUCAACUAUAGUUUCCAGGAAUAUGUAAUAGCUUUUUUACACUUCAUGUUUUGAGGGUUUUAAAAAUGUCACUAGUCACUAGUUGGAGUGUUAAUAGAUUAAACAGUCUGGUUAUGUUAGCUUAUCUGGUGCUUCUCUUUGGGCUGUUAAGUAUUAUUUCAUUUGAAUAAUAGAACAGGUCAGGAUAAUAGUAUUGAUAGCGUGCCCUUAGACCCUUGGUUCUCAGGACCUCUUACACCAGGAUCCCCAGAGGCCCAUAAAGCCUAGCCAGGGGGUCAUCCAUUUUCUAAUUUAGCUACAGUGAUGGAAAUCAUAACCCACCAUUAAUAUAAAUAAUGUUAGCUGGAAUUUUAUUUAAAAAAAAAAAUAAUAAUAAUAAAAAAAAAAAGAAGAAGAAGGAUUCUGUGAGUGGAAAGUUCGUACCUCUGGCUCCUAUAAAUAGCCAAAAUAUUACUGCAUACCUCUAAAUAAUAUGCCAAUUUUUUUUAAAUGGUUUGUUGAUUAAAAAAAAUGUUUCUUGAGUGGGCAUGAUAUUUUAAAAUGUGUUUAUGUUUAUAAAAUGUGUUUAUGUAGUGAAUGUGGUCCCUGAUUGAGAACCCCUACCAUAGACAACUUGGAUAAUUUGUAAAAUGCAACAAUUUGUGUGGAAACUUUUCCUGUUCCUAUUUAGUUACCGUAUGUUACAGAAUUCUUUUUUAAAGACAUUUGUUAAAGAAAUUAACUGCAUGAUACACAUACAGCACCAGUUCAGGUACAUCCAAAAAGCUUUAUCUUUCCUACUUUCCACAUUUUACAAUGUAGCAAAAUGUCGUCUGCAGUUAACCGAGUUCUCUUACACGCAAACAAUAUCUGACCAUUUUCACAGUUCUGUGAUCAAAAAUGUCAUCUCUAUUAAAGGAAAACCUCGACAUGUUAAUAUCAUGUCAUUUUUUAAUGUCUUACUUUUGCUGAAAGUAUCUUUUUUGUCGCUGUCCUCAUCUUUAAUAAUUAAAAGGAAAUGCUUGAAGGCCUGGCAUGGUUCUUUAGUUAUGGUAGACCAACUGGCUAUGGAAUGCCAAUCCAGUCUUGAACAUUUACUACAAACAUGGCAGAGCUAGCAUAACUAAAACCCCUCCCCAAAACAUGCUAGGAGUUAGAUUGGCUAUUCUAAAUUGCCCAUAGGUGUGAAUGGAGGGCACCUUUCACCCACAAUGGACCCAUCCAGGGUGAAUUCCUGUUUUACUGCCAGUGUUCUAGAGAUAGGUUUCAGUUCCACCGCAACCCUGAGCAGGAUAAAGAGGUUAUUGAAAGUGAGUAUUCAUUUAAAUAUGACUGGUUCUAUAAUGCUGUGGAGAACUAUUCACUCUGUUGCUGUGUUUGCGAAUAGGAUACGGAAAACUGUAUAGGAAAUAGGAUUCAUGAUUCAACUAAACGAAUUUGUACUCUGCACGGUUUACUCGUCAUUCCGUAAUAGUUCAGCCAUACUCCAGCAGAAACACUUUGUGCACUCGAUCUUCUCUUCUAUGUUUCCAAACAUGACUACUGACUCCUGAAAACCUGGUUCUGUAAAAUGAAUACUAUAAGGUUUUAGAGAGAUCUUUUCCAUGUUGGAUUGGUCCACAUUCUGCACUGAUAUUGUCCAUCCAUCUUCCAGUAAGAUGUGUGAGAGCUCCCUCAGUUCCUCUGGCCUCCACAGUGGAAAUGCUAAUGACCCGAGCCAUGCUAUGUGGAGGGUACGGACAGGGCUCCAGGUUCCACACAGGGGUUCAAGAACGCAUUGUGUGGCGUUAACCACAAGUUCAAGGACUCAAGCUCAACGAUUGCUGUGCGAGUGUGCCCUCUGCUGGACAUGUGCUGCAACUAGACAGGGAAAUCCAUAAUAUACACCACAACCAUCUAAUUCUGAAUAAAUGCAGU